AUGAGAGGUUGGUCCGGCGUACGUGCGUUACUGCUACCGGCAAACUGCGGUGCAACUUCCUGGAAAGGGGCAACGCUGCUGCUGCAGCGCUGUGGAUGCAGCAGGCAGGACGAAGCGGCUGUCUCGACGACGGCCUCGACAAGUGUUUUGCGAGAGUCUCGAGACCCGAUGGCAACACUUACGGCCGUUUUUAGGACGCAUCCGUCUGCGCUUCGCCUGCAUCGGGAGCUGACAAUUUGUCUCGCGCAAGGUGAGUCGGAAAGGGCGGCGGAUCUUGCGUCUGUACUCGCGGAAACUGUCAAGCGUGUCUGCAACCAAAUGGAGCAAGGGACUGUGGAAAGGGCAAAAUCUGCAUCUUUUUCUACACGCACUGAUUCCUCUGAGGCGGAGGGCGGAGAUGGUGCUACGGAGUACGUGCCUCCCAUGGGACCGGGGGACAUUGAGUUCUCGAUGGAAGCGACGCGCCGUCGUGUGCUUGGCACGAACGCCGCCGCGGCCUUCAUCAAGGGGGAGAGUGAGGACCCCCCUUCAGGCGAUGCAGGUGCCUCUGCCUGCGACAAGCCACCCUUCUGGAGGCAGCCGAGUGCGUUGCGGGUAACGCUGCUCGAGGCCUCUUUUGAGAUGACGCUGGCUGAGGGCGAUGACGCUGAGAACCCACUUAGUCCACGAGGCACGGGGGUGGAGGAGCAUGAAAAGGAGAAGAUGGCUCUCCUGGACGAAUACCUGACACGAGAGAAGAAGCGUUGGGAGCUGCAGAAGGGAGCCAUUGGGCGUGCUGUGCUCAUGACGGCGCAACAACUCGGCAUUACGCCAGAGGAUCUUCACAUUGCACUAGAGGAAAAGAAUGGUACCAAACAUUUCUCAAACCGAGAUGGGUGUCUUCGUGUGCUGAAGCACUGCAACUUAAUUAUACGGGGCGAGGCACCAGAGGUGGAACUUAUGGCGGAGGAAGCAGAUGGAGGUGUGCGGGCGGCAGCCGAGGAAGAGCUUGAGGUGCUUGUGAGCCGCAUGCAGGCACUUGGCUCACCGCUCACACCAGAAGAGAGGGAGAUGGCUCGGUUUGAGCUUAUCCUGACAAAAAGCAAAAUGAGGUACGUUGUUGGCCUGCAUCGCGAGUUACAGAUGGCGUUGGACGCUUCCGAGGCUCUUCGACGCGAGGCCUCCCAACAACAAGUUUUCUCUGGUUCGGGAUUUUUUACGCAGAAAGUCGUCGAAAGACUUAACAAGGUCGCACCGGAUGGAAGUGAGACAGGUGCAGAAGAUGUUGAGCUGAUUGAGACCCUCUCUGCACCGGUGCUGCCCUUCACAUUUAUGCUUAAAAUGUGCCUCUGGUUUGACGUCCCCCACGCGAUACAUGAACCACCUCCAAUGCAGCCCUGUUGA